UGCUCCUUUGUGCUCAAAGUCAUCGCCAUCGCCUGGAUUACUUCGCGAAAGCGCCGUGCUCUCUCGCUCUCCAGGGAGAGGAGAAGGUAGAGGGAGGGGAUAGGAGAGAGGAGAAGGGAGAGGAGGGAUAGCGUCCCUCGGUGUCACGAUGAGCCAGCUCGCGAGCAAGUUGCGCACACUGGCGCAGAGACGAGAGCUCUCCCGAGCCCCGAGUCCCAUCGGCACGUCGGAGACCCCGGGCAGACCCCCGCUCGCCGCCCCCUCCGCUCCGAGCCCGGGGGGUGACCCCGAACAGCAGGGAGAGGCGGGCGGUGGCGUGAAGCGUUUCGAGGUCCUCUAUGUGGGGCGCCUCGCAGUGGGGGGCAAAUUGGGCCCCCCCUCGCUUGUCGACGACAGCAUCACGGCGCUGCACUGGCGCUACGGCGCUGAAGGGGACAGCUCCCCGGAGGAGCCCUGCGAGCCCGGUCGAGACCCCUUCGAAGCCGACCCCCCCGACCCCGCGGGGAGCCCGGGCGGGCCCCGUGGCGGGCAGAGUGCGGGGUCCAGGAGGAGCAAGCUGGACAUGCAGAGGGACCGCACGAUGCUAUUCCAGGUGGGUGAGGCGUACGUCACUCUGGUGAGUCCCGACUGCAAGGGCGUGGUGCUGGAGAGGUCUUUCCAAGACAUCUCCUACUGCUCGCGGGGCCUCUCCAGGACCGACCACUUCGGCUUCAUCUGCAGGGAGGCGGCCGACUCGGGGCCCGCCAGCACGCACAUCUGCUACGUGUUCCAGUGUACGGACACGUCACUGGUGGAUGAGAUCAUGAUGACGCUGCGGCAGGCCUUCCAAUCUGCGGCCGCCACCAAGGUCGCCCGUCGCAGGCCUGGGCCGGAGACGCGGGCAACCACAUCCACCCGGCCAGCGCACGCCGGUGUCCACGCGAGGAGGGACGACGCUGGUGGGGGGCGAGGCGGGGAGGGCGACGCACGCACGGUGACGUCCGCGCGUCUACGUGCACAGGAGCCCACGCGGAGCCACAUAAUCUCGGCCCAGCAGCAGCAGCAGCAAGAGCAGCAGCAUCAUCAGAGCUCAGGCGGUUUAGGCAAACUGGAAUUCCUGAAGAGCAAGGCCUCCAAGGGUCUCGCCACCUCUCUGGAGAACAUCUUCUCAGCGCUGGGAGGCGCCAAGCCCAGGAGUGGCUCUGGGAGCGACAGCCUCAGGUCCCGGAGUAACACCUUCACCUCCGACUCCUCCAGGGAGUCGACAUCUCCCCCACCCUCCCCCCUCCACUGCGGCCCCCCCCACGGGGACCCAAGCCGGCGGAGGCUGCGUGCCCCCCACGCCUCCACCUCCUCCAACGACCAGGACAGCAGCGACUCCGACACCCGGAACUGGUGA